GGUUGGUUUCAGUUACCCGGCCUUCUCUCCUCUUCACUCACUAGUCACUAGCCUUACCUCCCUCUAGUCUCCCGCGGGGUUCCUAUUCCUAGCCUAGCGACGCGCACGGUUCCAUUCCAUGGCCGCGGCCGCAACCACGUCCACGACCACGGCAACCAUCCCACCCGGCCCGCACCGCAGGCGCCAGCCCAACGACAUCGAGCGCGACGACGACACCUGCUGCGGCGGAGCCGGCGUCGAUCGCCGCUUCCCCCACGCCUGCGGCGCGCAACACGACGACGACGCCGAGCGCGGCCUCCACCACGCCGCCGCUGCCACGCCCUGCGGCGGGACUAGGGCGCUGCUGUUGGCGCGGAGGAGGCGAGCGUGGGCCACCGCGGCAGCGGCAGCAGCAGGCGCGCCGCCCCGGACGGCCUGGGCCUGGACGAGGGGCGUCGUGCUCUGCCUCCUCGCCCUCGCCGCGGUCGUCGUCGGGUUCCAGCUGGGCUCGCACCGGGGCGGCGGGAGCACGGACGCGGGCGCCGGCGGUGACGGCGGCGUCAGGCUCUUGCACUUGCACAGGGUGGAGACGGCCGACGCCGAUGUCGUCAUGGAGUGGACGGAGGAGAACCUGUCGGCACUUGCGCGCCGCUCGCCUCAGCCGCCGGUACCCGAGAUAUGGACGAAACCAGACAGCGAGGGUUACAGCCAGUGCAUUGAACGGCCGAAGAAUCACCGCAGGAAAAACAAUGCGACUGCCGGUUACCUGGUCGUUGAUGCGAACGGUGGCCUAAACCAGAUGAGAAUGGGAAUAAGUGAUAUGGUUGCAGUGGCGAAGAUCAUGAACGCGUCGCUGGUGAUCCCUACUCUGGAUCAUCAGUCAUUCUGGACCGACCCAAGCGAUUUCAGAGAUAUAUUCGACAUCGACCACUUCAAGGAGUCGUUGAAGGAAGACAUUGUGAUCGUGGAUUCGCUACCACUGGAUUAUAGAAGGGCGAAACCCUACGUGAGAGCACCCACCUCCUGGUCCAGGGCUUCUUUCUAUAGAGACUGCGCGAAAGUCCUGAGGAAGUUCAAAGUGGUGAGGUUUACCCACACGGAUUCACGGAUCGUGAACAACGGCCUCGCUCCUUCUCUGCAAAAGCUCCGGUGCCGCGCGAAUUACAGGGCGCUCCAGUACAGGAAGGAGAUCCAAGGGCUCGGCAGCACUCUGGUGGAUCGGCUGAGGAAUGGGUCCGCCGAGCAUUACAUCGCGCUCCACCUAAGAUACGAGAAGGACAUGCUGGCCUUCACCGGGUGCAACCACAACCUGACGCUGCGCGAGGCAGCGGAGCUGACGGGCAUGCGGUUCAAGGUGCGGCGCUGGAAGGAGAAGGACAUCGACAGCGAGGAGAAGCGGCUGCAGGGCGGGUGCCCCAUGACGCCCCGCGAGGCGGCCGUGUUCCUUAAGGCUAUGGGGUACCCCUCCGCCACCAACAUCUACAUCGUGGCCGGCGAGAUAUACGGGGAGCAUAGCCUGGACGCGCUCAAGGCUGAGUACCCCAACACCUACACGCACUACAGCCUCGCCACGGUGGACGAGCUGGAGCCACUGGAGCUCUACCAGAACAGGCUCGCCGCCGUGGACUACAUCGUCGCCCUGCAGAGCGACGUGUUCGUCUACACGUACGACGGCAACAUGGCAAGGGCCGUGCAAGGGCACAGGAGAUUUGAAGGGUUCAGAAAAACCAUAAACCCUGACAGGCUGAAGUUUGUGGAGCUUAUUGACAAGCUGGAUGAAGGUUCCAUGUCCUGGAGUGAGUUCCAGAUCGUGGUGAGGAAGCACCAUGAGAACAGACUGGGAGGUCCAUAUGAGAGGUUGCGUGGUGCAAGUCCAAGGCAGGAGGAAUACUUCUACUCAAAUCCGGUCCCCGGAUGCCUCUGCAAAAGGGUUCAGAGUAGAUGAUACGGAUCUAUCUGGAUUGAGUUGAAAUUGUUUAGCCUGGUUGAUACGUGUCCACGAUGUUCAGUGUGAUGAGUGAUUGUCAAAGAGACCAUCAUCUUUGAUUCAGUUUGAGACUAACCAUGACGUGAGUAUGUGGUGUUGUGCACCAUGUCUCUUGAUUUGUGGUACGCAGAUCUGGAGUACAAGAGCGAUCGAAGCCAAUGGUGAAGGUUAAGUGAUUCGUACUUAUGAACUGGAAGCGGCAAAGGACGAACAACACCAUUAGACUUGGACGAGUGAGGGGCUACCGUGGGUGGCCGACAUUUGUGGAUAUCGAUGAAAAGUGCUCAUGAAGAAGUAGAUCAUGUUGACUAAGUCAAAACAAUGAUUGAUAGUGGAUGCGCCGGAUGACUUGAGUGAUCGUGUGGUCGUGGAAAACCACAGUCUAUGUGUAAGUCGGACCUUGUUGAUCUUGGCAAUAAACAAAUUGAAUUGGAUGUUGAA